AUGGGAUCGACGCGUUCAGCGCUCGGCGCGCACAAUUCCCCGGCCCUGGCCCCAUUUGCAAAUCCGGCGAUCAAACCGCAGCCCCGUCUUCAACCCUCACCGCUACCAUUGCAGCCCAUUGAAAACUCAUUCCACCCUGCCGUGCACAGGCCAUCGCCGACAAAAGGUCUCUCAGUCCAGGGCUCGCAUCCAGGGCGAAAACUCGGUUUCGUCCCAAUCUCCGCUCCCGCUCCUCCCAUGUUUACUACCGACUCCCCUACCAAGAAACCGCCUUUCCCUAUCUACACCCAGUCAUCCAUGCCGCAAUCGGCCCUCUUCACCACCUUCUCAAGUGUUAAUCCCGAGUCAUCCAAAGAGAAUCAGAACCCGGAGGACCCGUCCAAUGGCACUUUCGCCGACUUCCCUGAACCCUCUUUUGACGCCAAGGUUCCGUUGAAGCGCACCCUCAUGGAAGCAGCCCCCUUGAAAGAGCGAUCUGCGAAAAAGCAAAAGCGCGAAGACGCACCCAUUCACCAUCUACCUGAGCCCCACGAAAUGCCGUCAAUCGAGGAUGACGGCACCAAGCCGCCCUACAGCUACGCGACGCUGAUUGGCAUGUCCAUCUUGCGUGCGCCCAACCGCCGUUUGACAUUAGCUCAGAUUUACAAAUGGAUCUCCGACACAUUCUCCUACUACAAGAACAGCGACCCCGGCUGGCAGAACAGUAUCCGACACAACUUGAGUCUCAACAAAGCAUUCAUCAAGCAGGAGCGUCCUAAGGAUGACCCUGGCAAGGGCAACUACUGGGCUAUCGAGCCUGGUAUGGAGAUGCAGUUCCUGAAGGAUAAGCAGGUUCGACGCGCCACAAUGUCCAGCCUGCCCCUUCCUGCCGUCCCGCAGCGCGACUUGGUUCCCCAGCCGCAGAGCGCAAGCACUACGACCUGGAUGGUCCCGCCGCCGCCUGCGCGACAGGCACCCCCGUCUACUCUUCCCCGCAACGAUGACCUGUCAUCCGAUGCGACACUGCCUGCGUCUGACCCUGCCCUGCAAGAAGAUGCUCCCGACGAGAAUGCCCAUGUGCAGUCGCAUCAAACAGCACCACUCCGUUCUUCACCUCCCCCUCACGCCCUCCGAUCCUCCCCUCCUAUUGCUCCUCCUCGAUUUGCACGCCAGGGAACUCCUCCAACUCCGACCCAGGCGGGCCCCACCCCGGCUCAGCGCCCUCGGAAGCGCAAGUCUAUUACCAUGAACGACAGUGGUUACUUCUCGUCCUUGGAGUCAUCUGCUCUAAGACCUAAUAAGGCCGGGCAUAUCCUGACCUCUGACCUGGAUAUCGAACCGCCGCGCAUCAAGCGUGGCCGUGCGGAGGAAGAGAUCGCGCGCAUGCGCAGCUCAUCCCACGAUAUUAGCCCGGGACAACCUGGUCACAGGAAAGAAGCUGGCACCAUGGUGGGCUCUUCUCCUCUGCGGGGAGAGUUCGUCAGUAUGUUGCCGCCUCCGUUGACACCUGUGAUCAAGUUCAAGAAGCCGGCCAAGCCCCCGCCCUCUGUGUCCCCCAAUACCAACCUGCGCAACCAUCGCCGAAAGAUCCAGCAGAUGGUCAACUCUCCCAUCAAGCAUCUGGGUCUCGCGGACGAUGAUCUCCCCUGGAGUCCCGCCUUUAACCUUCAGGAUUCGACCUACACACCCCAGGAUCAUUUCCACACCACCUUCGACGUAUUUGCCGACUCGCAUGAUGAUCAUAUUUCAUCUGCCGCAUAUGGUUCGCCCGAAAAGCGCUCUGUCAAGUGUCCCCGGACGGAUAGUGGGAACACUGCUCUCGCCGACAUCACUUCGGUCAAUGUGAACACACGAAUGGGUAUGCCCUCUUUGAGUCGCUCGAAGUCCGCGGUGUUUCCCGAAUCACCUUCCAAACUUCCUGGUGUUGGUCGCCUGGGCGAUACCAGUCAGGAUGACUUCUUCUCGUUCCAUCUAUUUGAUGAGAGUAAUGAUAGCCCGGGUGAAGUGGAUGGGGUUGAUCUCUUGCAGGGCUUCCAGAAGAUUGGAGGUGCCUCCAAAGACGAUACCCUGAAGACCAAGCCGCUUCACUCACGGCCGCAUCUGACCGGCCGCAGCAACACCACUCUAUUUUAA